AUGGCGCACACGAUGGACAGCGACAGUGGUCCACUGCCGACGCUAGCGGCUCUCGCGCUCGCAGCGCAAGACGCUACUAACGACAAGACAGCUGCUCUCGUUGCUACGUGCUCGUUCAUGUUGUCGCUGGCGCUCGGGUUGCGCCUGCUGGGUCUCUACUUGGCGCAGACGCGACGACGACGCAAGCGGUUGCAACUCUGUCCCGGUCUUUUGUCUGGCCUCUCCUUGCCGUUCCCAGUCGCACUGUAUGCGCUCGACGUGGGCGUUUUUGUGGUGCUGUGGUACGCAGUGAGCAUUGGCAUGACGCUCUUUAACAAGUGGUUCUUGCGGGUCUGGGCCGGUGGUGGAUACCCUUUUGCCACGACCAUGACGUGCAUCAAUAUGUUCAUCAAGUGUCUAUUAUCGCGACUCGUUGACCGCUGCUACAGUGGCGGUUACCCGAGGACUGGACUGGCUCUACCGUCGAGUGUGUACUGGAAAUUGGCAGUGCCUAUUGGUGUCUGCACAGCCAUUGACAUUUUACUGUCAAACCAGUCGCUGUUUUACAUCACUGUGACCUUUUACACGGUUGUGAAAUCAGGAGGCAAUGUCUGGAACCUGCUCUUUUCGAUCUGUCUCGGUCACCAACGUCCAUCUUGGUCGCUCUUUGGCGUGAUUGUGCUGAUUUCAAGCGGCAUUGGACUUGCAAGCUACGGUUCAGCACACUUUGUGCUCUAUGGCUUUCUGUUGGUGUUGGCUGCGUCGGUGAUCGGAACGUUGCGGUGGGUCUUGACCCAAUCGUUGCUGCAGGCGAUGGAGGACAGCACUAUUGGAUCGUCUAGGAAUAAGGUGCUCGCGGUAGUGUACUACGUGUCACCCGCGAGUGCAAUUUGUCUGCUUCCAAUUGCUCUAUUUACAGAGGGAAGCGACUACACAACGUCGCGCUUUCUGCUGGACUCACAGCUGCUUGGAAUGUCGUUGAUUUUUAUUUUCAUCAGCGGCUGUCUAGCGUUUGUGCUGAUUUUCAUCGAAAUUUUGCUGGUCAAGAAAACGUCGGCGCUGUCGUUAGGUAUCGCUGGCAGUUUUAAAGACGUCACGCAAGUGCUGCUCGCUGUCUUUAUUUUUGGCGACCAGCUCAUUCCAGUCAAUGUGUUUGGUCUUGUCGUCGCUACGUGCGGCAUGCUUUUCUACACGUUUAUCAAACACAGUACAGCGGGAGCCGCAGGCGACGCAAGAAACGACAAAUCGAAGGGAUAUCACCGCGUAUCAACUUCCCAUUUGGACUUGGAGGUAACCAGCGAGAUCCCGUCUUUUGACAGUAAUAUCAAUCACAUUCCAGAAGUUCACAUGAGGGACGGGCGUGGUGGCUUGGCAUGCGGAAACAAGUCGCUGAAUGCUUUGUCUGGCGUAGAGCUUGUGCGGCGAGAGGGAAAAGAGUGCUUUGACUCGCCAGGUGUGGUUGCCCACGCCUCUCGUGCGUGA